AUGGAGCUAGCAGAGUCCUCCAGCCAACUUCUUCUGGAAGCUGUCCUCUCGGAAGCUAGCUCUGCAGCCCUGGAGCACAUCGCGGAGAAGCGACCUCCUGGAGCCUGCUCCGCGAGCCUUAGCUUGACCCAAUUUGCCGCCAAGCUGCUGAAGGAGAACGAGUCAUUGAGGGCUCGAGUUCAAGAAUUGGAGUUGCCCCUUACUCCCCGCGCUCCGCUCGACCCUCUAACUGCGGACGACCCUUUGGAUUCUUAUCUUCACAUUAUAGGGGAGUCCGCUCGGUCAGCUAGGAAUCUGGCUCAGGUGUCCUCCGAAAAGAUAAAGGAAUUACAAGCGGCCCUAAAGACCAGUGAUUCAACGCUUUCCCAUUCGCCCUUUAUUCUCAGACAAGCUGCCAGUCAGAGUGCUCCAUCAGCUCCUCGCCGCCGACCCCGAUCUCCUUCUGAAGAUUCAGACUCAGAUAACCAGCCCUUAUCACACAGGUCCCGACACAGGCUUGCCGAUCUUGAUGAAGAUUCAGAUUCAGAUAACCAGCCUUUGACGCACAAGUCCCGACACAGGCCUGUUGAUCCUAAUCUAGCCUCUGGCCCCUCUUCUACUACCCAAUCUUCCCGCUCUACUCGGAUUACCGCUGAAUUCUCGGGUCCCUCUACAACUCCAGCUCCUUCAGAGAAUCCCAUGGGGGCCUCACGAGGGACGCCCUCGGUUACUCCAGAAAGAACUGCUGAAGAAUCCCAGUCGACCCCUCAGACUCACACUUCUUCCCCUUUGCCUGCUUCGGCUGCACCUCUAACUCGGAACGAGGAAGCUGGCCCCUCCGAACCAAUAACCGAGACACCAUAG